ACAACAGAUGCGGAUCCAUAUGGGGGCCAUAUGAGAAACACUCGCGGCUUAUUUACUCCAGCUGUGGUAAACAGGUGUCUUGGUGAGAGAGACUUGUCUUGAAAACUUGCAAGGCGUCUAGAAAGGGCUUGUGGGGAUCCAAGACUCGCGUGCCAAGCGGUAGAGGUGUCAGUGUGAGAGCCGAGAGUUCCCCAUACACACGCCGGACAGGUCAGCUAGGCCCAGCCCAGUUCCGUGCGCAGAGGGUGUGCGCAGUGCGGCUCACCUGAUCCGUAGGUACACCUGAAAUCCACACUGGGUCGGGUCGUGUCUUUUAUGCAAAUCCAUUGUUUGUGACGGGCAUGCGUCACAUAUUUGCGUGGAGUGUCAAUACAGAACACCGUCGCCAUAUUCCUGUAGCAGGGGCUGGUUGUUAGUCCGCCUGCCGCCAACUUGAAGUUUCUUUUUCCUUUUCUGUUCUUGAUACGGACUGUUUUUUUCGGGCGCGAUGAGCUCGCCGUUAACACCGCCUCGCGUGUGCGUGCUGAGCAAGGCCGGGGGCAGGGAAUACGGCUUCCACCUGCACGGAGAGAAGGGCAAGCAUGGGCAGUACAUCAAGAGCGUAGACGCGGGCAGCCCAGCCGAACAGAGCGGGCUCAGACCCGACGACCGGGUCAUCGAAGUCAACGGCAUCAACAUCGAACGGGAGACACACCAGCAGGUGGUGAUUCGCAUCAAGGAAAACCCGAUGGAAGUCAGGUUACUGGUGGUGGACCAGGAAACGGACAACUACUACAAGAAGCAGGGAGUAACAGUGAAAGAGUCCAUGGCUGCUGUGACCACGCCCGUUGCUGCUGAUCAAACACCUGAGCCGCCGACAUGUAGAAACGGCGUGGACCACCCGGAGCCCGAGCCGGUCGCCGCGGUGAUGUCGUCCCCGGUACAGGCCGAGGAGCCUCCCGCCCAGAGGGUAGCGGUGCCCCCCCACCUCGCCCCGCGCCUCUGCCACAUCGCGAAGGGUGAUUCAGGGUACGGCUUCAAUCUCCAUGGAGAGAAGGGACACAGGGGCCAGUUCAUACGGGCCAUCGACGCCGGUUCCCCCGCCGAAGUCGCCGGACUUAAGGUCCAAGACAGGCUUGUUGAGGUUAGCAUUUAAACCCUUUUUCCUGUU